CUGCGAUUGCGCUUUUUGAACAGUGUUGAAUUUGUCCCGUGGAUGCAUAUGAGAGGGGAAGCUCUCCCCCUGUUUUUUUCUUUUUUGCAAGCGCUGCAAAAGUGUUUCAGAACGCUAGACGGCACACACAGACGAGCCGACACAAGAGGACGUGGGUGAGGGAAACCGGUUUUUGAGGAAAGGAGGACGAAAGUGCAAGGUGACAAACCAAAGAACGGCAUCUUCAUACAGUCUGUCAAGAUUUGAUCUGUUUUUUUUAUUUUUUCUGGAGCGCACGUCCUCCUGGGAUCCAGAAGCGGAGGAGGUCUCUCUCUCUCUCUCCCCCUCUUUCUCUCGCUCCCUGUCUGUUAUUAUUACAGCAGAACAGUUGAUCCUGAGCAGCCCGGCUCCAGACGCUGCUGCGCGCUGCCCCGGACGACAGCUAAUCGACCGCGCUCGAAGAGAAUGGGUUUUUUUUACACUGAGGGGGACGGGGCUCUGCUCUAAGUCCGGCAGAUCAUGUCAGGGGUACACGCUUCAGACACAGGACAUUUUUUUGAUCCUGCCAUCAGCGCACCGCCAGCUCAGGGCGCGACCAACGCAGCGGGGAUCGGUGGCGACGGGGCCGCGCUGCCUCCGACCGCUUCUCGGACGUACUUGGAGGUGUCGAGCGCUGCCCAAGGCUAUGGGGCCGAAGGAGUGUACACCAAUGGACGGUACAGGGACCACAGCGGCUCACGGAUCGGGAGUGGCAGCCGUGAUAAUUCCGCGGAGAGAAGUCAGGGAGGUGGAAACACACCUUGUGGUAUAAUGAAGGAUGGCUCCAAACAGAAGCAGGUCAGGAAGAAAACCGUGUCCUUCAGCUCUAUGCCGAGUGACCGUAAAAUCAACAGCACUGCUGCUUGCAUGGCCUUUAUGUUGGAGGGUUGUGAAAUGAAGAAGGUGCGAUCCAACUCACGCAUGUACAACCGCUACUUCCUGCUCGAUCCAGAUAUGCACUGGCUGAGAUGGGAGCCAUCUAAGAAGGAUUCAGAAAAGGCAAAACUGGAAAUCAAGAGCAUCAAGGAAGUCCGUUUGGGGAAGAAAACUCCAGUUCUGCGCAGCAAUGGUCUCUCGGAUCAGUUCCCUGAUGAGUGCGCCUUCUCAAUCAUCUAUGGAGAUAACUAUGAAAGUUUAGAUUUGGUAGCCAGUACAGCAGAUGUCGUCAGCACGUGGGUCAUGGGUCUAAGAUAUUUGGUGUCUUACGGUCGCCACCCAGUGGACAUGGCAGAACCAAGUCAACCGAGCUUACGAACAUCCUGGAUUGGUUCAGUGUUUGAGCUCGCAGACAUGGAAAAAGGAGGACACAUAGACCUAUUCAGAGCAACCCAGAUAAUCAAGGGGCUUAAUCCUGGAAUGAAAGAGUCCAGGAUAGAGCUGAAAUUCAAAGAAUUACAGAAAGCUAAAGAUCAAUAUGGGGAGGCAAUUAAUUUGGACACUUUUGUGGAAGCUUAUUGUGAGCUCUGCACACGACCUGAGAUUUUCUUUCUGCUGGUUCAGUUCUCCAGUAACAAAGAGUAUCUGGACAGUAAAGAUCUGAUGCUAUUUGUAGAGGUCGAGCAGGGAGUUGAGGGAGUAACGGAGGAAAUGUGCAGGGAUAUUGUUCAGAAAUUUGAGCCGUCUGCCAAGGGCAGAGAAAGGGGCUACCUCUCCAUCGAUGGUUUCACACACUACCUCCUGUCCUCGGAAUGCCACAUUUUCGACCCUCAGCACAAAAAAGUGUGCCAGGAUAUGACUCAGCCUCUCUCUCAUUACUACAUCAACUCUUCCCAUAAUGCCUCUCUGCUUGAUGAUCAUUUCUGGGGUUCAUCAGACAUCAGCAGCUAUAUCCGAGCUCUGAGGAUGGGGUGUCGAAGUAUUGAGGUCAUAGUCUGGGAUGGCCCUGAUAAUGAACCUGUCGUAUAUGUUGGAAGUUCUGUGGCCUCUCAGCUCGCUUUCUCUAAAGUUCUGGACAUCAUAAACCAGUAUGCUUUUGAAAGUUCUGAGUAUCCUCUCAUUCUGUGCUUGGUGACUCAUUGCUGUAUCCCGCAGCAGAGGGUCAUGGUUCAACACCUGAAGAAAAUUCUUGGGGAUAAGCUGUAUGCUGAACCACCCAACAAAGAAGAAAACUACCUACCCUCACCUGAAAAACUUAAAGGCAAAAUACUCCUCAAGAGUAAAAAGUUGCCACCAAGCUGCAUUGAUUCUGAGGGGGAUGUAACAGAUGAAGAGGAAGGCCUGGAAAUGUCACGCCGUGUUGGAGCCGAUGAAAAGGACCAACUGAAUGGUUUGGGCUGCAAAAGACUCAGGCUGUGCAGGGAGCUUUCUGACCUCGUGUGUCUUUGCAAGUCAGUACAGUUCAGGGACUUUGAGCUUUCUAAGAGGGAGCAAAAAUACUGGGAGAUAUGCUCCUUCAACGAGGUAGAUGCAAACAGAUUUGCCAAUGAAUUUCCAGAGGAGUUUGUCUGUUACAACAAGCGCUUCAUCUCCAGGGUAUAUCCCACAUCGAUGAGGAUUGAUGCCAGCAAUAUGAAUCCCCAAGAUUUCUGGAAAUGCGGCUGCCAGAUCGUGGCCAUGAACUACCAGACACCAGGCUUGAUGAUGGACCUUAACCUUGGUUGGUUCAGGCAAAAUGGAAACUGCGGUUAUGUCUUGCGGCCUGCCAUUAUGAGGGAGGAGGUGUCCUACUUUAGUGCCAAUGCUCGGGACUCUCUACCAGGUGUGUCUGCACAGCUUCUCCACAUCAAAGUCAUCAGUGGGCAGAAUUUACCAAAACCUCGGGGCUCUGCUGCUAAGGGUGAUGUGGUUGAGCCUUACAUAUAUGUAGAGAUCCAUGGCAUACCAGCUGACUGUGCUGAACAAAGAACCAAGACAGUUUCCCAAAAUGGAGAUAAUCCCAUUUUUGAUGAGAGUUUUGAGUUCCAGAUUAAUUUACCUGAACUCGCAGUUUUACGCUUUGUGGUUCUGGAUGACGACUACAUUGGAGACGAGUUCAUCGGUCAGUACACCAUCCCUUUUGAGUGCCUACAGCCAGGCUAUAGACACGUCCCUCUGCAAUCUCUCACAGGAGAGUUCCUGCCCAACACCACUCUGUUCGUUCAUGUGGCCAUCACCAACAGGCGCGGUGGAGGAAAGGCACAUAAAAGGGGUCUAUCAGUAAAGAAAGGUAGAAAGGCUCGGGAGUAUACCACCACCAAGACCACAGGGAUCAAAGUAGUGGAUGAGCUCUUCAGAGCUUCUACCCAGCCCCUCAGGGAGGCAACAGACCUCAGAGAAAAUGUGCAGAAUGCCAUGGUGUCCUUUAAGGAGCUUUGUGGCCUGACGCCCGCCGCCAACAUGAAGCAGUGCAUCCUGACUGUAUCUACGUGGCUGAUGAACAGUGAACGGUCACUGAAGGUGACAGUGGACCUGAGCGAGACCUACCCCACCAUGGAAGCACAGGGUCCUGUGCCUGAGCUUCUGCGCAAAGUGCUAAACGCUUAUGACAUGAUGAUCCAAACCAGCAAAACCCUGAUUGAGUCAGCUGAUGUUGUCUACUCCAAGCUCACACAAGCACAACGGGCAGGUCUGGACUUCCAUGAAGACUUGCAUCGUAUUGGAGUAAAGGAGGGCCUGAAAGGCAGAAAACUUCAGAAAGCCAUGGAGAGUUACGCUUGGAACAUCACUGUGCUUAAGGGCCAGGCAGACCUACUGAAGCAUGCAAAAAGUGAGGCACUGGACACUUUGCGCCAGAUCCACUGUGCAGCUCAGUCCUGUGGUCUCAGUAAAAAUGGAGCGGCUUCCCCGCAGCUUCCUCACCAUCCUCCUCAACAGCCACCACAAGUACAGCAACAGCCUCCGACCAAGCUCCACCCACAGUCUCUGCUGCUCCACCCACCCCACGUUCCUCUACAACCCCAGACGUCACCCCAGUCUUACCUCCACACCCAUCAACAGCAAUACUCCCAGCUGCAUUCCCAGUCUUUUCCUUUCCCUCCCAUCCAAACUGUUUUAAAACCACCGGCCUACCCACAUCCUCCACCCUUACCCACAAAUCAGUUCCAGACACAAAGCCAGCAGCAGAGGGCGGCAGGACCUCUCGAUAUCAUCCCAGAGAGAGAAAAAGAGAUGGUCACCGAUGGUCCUGCAGGACCCUGCUGACUAGCAGCCUGCGCCCACAGUGAAUCCCACCCAAAGAGAGACAAAGAGAUAGAGAAGCAGGAGGACGUUGAAGGAAAACAGGAGGCUAAUAAGGAAGGCGAGGUACAGGAUGUUGCAGAGAGACCUAAAGAGGUGAUGACAAUGAAAAGGAGUCACCGUAUUCGAAGCGAAACACAAGUCUGAAAAUAUGGAUGAAGACAGAUGUAACAGUCCAGUCAUACAUUUCUGAACAGGAUGCUUGUUCUCUCAAUUUUGAGCAUUAUCCAUUUCAGCAAGAAAUAAAAAAUAUCUUUGUCUUCUAUCUUGCAAGAAGUAAAAAAAAAAAAACAAAGGAGGGAGAAGCAGGGGAUGAUGGGAGGAAUAUUUCAGGCUCGUGUUUCUAGUUAGGAAAGUACUUUAAAGGCAGAUUGAUGACAAAGAUAGCCCUGUCUCUCUCUGGGCAUUGCUAGUUACAUGCAAAUCCACAAUGUACACUAGCUCUGUGGGUGCAGGCUUUACCUCACAUCAGUGUUUUACGCCACAAAUAUGCCUUUUUUCAUUUCAGAGGCACUUUACCAUGUCUAUGAGCUUUUAUUUGGUCACAUUCACACUUCUCUCCCAAUAUUUUAGUUGUAACGGUCAGCUCAAACCCUCGCUCCUUUCCAUAAUGAGGGUGCAGAUUUCAUUUUAAAUGCACAAAUUAGAGCAGCUCUGCUAGGCUGGGCACUGUAGGAGUCACAAAUGACCUUUUUAGCACAAACCAGGGAGCAUUAGAGUUAGUAUUGAGAAAAGAAAUCUGCAUUUGUUCAGUGUUCAUUUAUUUAUGCUUUUUUUUAAAGCUGCUGUCAACCUCUAUCAGGUCCUUCUCUUGAGUUGUGCGUUCAGGUUUGAGUUCAUUCUUGGAUACUCACCAUAGGAUUUUCUUGUCUCCUACCCAGCGGCUCUGCGUAUGAUGUUAUGUAAGUUGAUGUUUUGGUCCCCAGGGUGGAGCUAACCCACAUCCUUCAGUGGUGGAGCUCAGCAUUCAGUCACAACUGGAAUAUUUGAUCCUCCCUUUUAAAAGUGAAAGGUCAAAAUCACCAUGGUACUGCUGUCUGUGGAAUAACACAGUGACUAUAGAUGUAAACUCUAUGUAAAAUGUAUGAAGGGAACAUAUAUUGCUAUAAUUCUCAGACAUUAUUGAUUGAUAUUCUUAUUGUUGUAAGUUUUAUUGAUAUUCAGAGUCUUUUUUUAACAUUACUAACACAUGUACAGUGCUUUGACACCUGUUGUUCUGUGGAUCAGAUCAAGUCAACCAGUGCAUUUGGGACUGAAAUGAUGGGUUACAGGUUAGUGCCGCAACACAAGGGGUAAAUGAUGACAUGACAAUGAGUGUGCAAACUGUAACAGCUCCUUUGAGUUGCCCAUUAAAGCUGGCUUCAUUGGUUA